GAAAAGAAAUACAUCGCAGGACAUUUGCCAUACCCAUUGUAUUGAUGACUUCCGAUAACACCCUCUUCCCCCCGUUGCUCUGGGCUCAGAGACUGGACUACAUAUUGAUAACCGUUUUCCUGCAGGAUUGCCAGAAUGUCAAGCUCCAGCUCCCCGACGAUGGGAAUACCUUCUUUUUUUCCUGUGAUACCCCUCCCACCGGCGCUGGCGAGUCGGGAAAGCAUUACCGCUGCAGCCUCCCCCUUUACCACCCCGUCUCGGCGGAAGAAAGCCACCACGUCGUGCGGCCACGUCAGGUCGAGAUUAAACUUAAAAAACUCGCCCUAAAAGCGGACGCUAACCCCGAAGAGGACGAGACCAGCUGGCCGCGCCUGACGAAGAUGCCCAUGAAGAAUAAAAAUAUUAAAAUCGACUGGAAUCGCUGGCGGGAGGAUGACAUGGAGGAUGAUCCGAACGACGGCUUCGGCAUCGGCGAAGGGGACGAGUUGGAUCUUCAGGCGCUCCGGAUGAACGCGCGAAAAGAAGCUGCCGAGGCUGUUGGAUUCGACGAAUCGCAAAUUCCCCCUUUCGGCUCGAUGAAAGAUGCCGCGGCGGCGGGCAAAGACGAUGCGCUUGACUAUGAUGACGACAUGCCACCUCUAGAAGAGGACACUCUAUAGAAAAUGCGAAAUAGCCGAUGUUAAUUGCUUAUCAUCUCUAUAUAGGGGUUUCUGUGCGAACCCUGCGAGAAAAAGGAGUUUACAAACUAUUUCGAUAUUCAUUACGUGCUAUACUUUUCCUUAUUAUUAUUUAAUUUAUUAAGCGAAUUAAUUUUAGAAUGCCAAUCGUUUGACCAUCGUGUCAAUUUAAA